AUGCUCUUCAAAAAACGAUGGUUAUGGAGAAUCGUUAAUGGAUAACCAGAAUUCGGUUACAUUACUUGUCCUAAUAACUUAAGAGAAUUUUGUAGUUAUACUCCUGAAUGUCCUAAUUAUUGUUCUCGAAAGGGUAUAUGUAUAAAUGGAUAAUGUUAAUGCGUAUUUGGAUGGACGGAUGAAAAUUCCUAAAAAUGCAUUUAAUAAUGUCCCAAAGGUAAAUUUGCAAAUCCUGAUAAAGUAUGUAGAGAAUAAUGUCCUAUUGGUUAUUUCUAAGAUAAAAUAAAUAAUAUAUGUGCUAAAUGUGAUAUUUCAUGUAUAAAAUGUUCUGGUCCUUCAAAGAAUGAUUGUUUAAAAUGCGGUUUUUUGGCAUAUUUAGAAGAAGGAAAAUGUGUAAAAUAAUGUAGUAAUGACUUCUAAUUAGUAAAUUAAAACACAUGUGUAAAAUCAGUCAGUUAAGGAUGUUAGUAAGAAUGUGAGAAAUGUUAUUAUGAUGUUCAUGAAGAAUGUACUGAAUGUAAAAACUAAUUUUUCCUUAAUUUAAAAACUGGUAAAUGCGUUGUUGCUAAUUAAUGCCCAGAAGGAACGUUCGCUAAUAUAGAAAAUAAAACAUGUUAAAUAUGCGAAAUUAUAGGAUGUAAAUAAUGUAUAUCAUUAACUAUAUGUGCAGAGUGUGAUGAAUAUUAAUAAUAUGUAAAAAAAGGGGAUUAAUGUUCUAAAUGUCCUUAUGAUUGCUAAAAAUGCUCUAGUGAUUUAAGGAAUUGUCUUUCUUGCAAAAUUGGAUUAUUUUUAUAAGAAGGAAAAUGUGUUUAUUAAUGUUCUUAAACUUAAUUUGAAGAUAUAUAAAAAAGAGAAUGUGUUCCGAUUACUAAAUGUAAAUCAUCUCAUAUUUUUUAUUAUAAAAAUAAAUGUUAUAAUUCAUGUCCUUUACAUACAACAACAGAAAGAAGUAUUUGUUUAUAAUGUAAUAGAGGCUGUCUUUAAUGUUAUUAACAAAAUACAUGUUAUAAUUGUGAUACUAAUAACGGUUGGGAACUUGAUAAAAAUGUUGACAAUUGCUUUAAUAAAACAUGUGAAGUUCAUUAUUGUCUAAAAUGUUAAAUUAAUAAUAAAUAUUAAUGUAUUUAAUGUAUUCAUCAAUACUUAUUAUAUAAGAAUAGAUGUGUAUAAAGUUGUCCUGAUACUUAUUAUCCUGAUUAUAAUAAAUAAAAAUGUAUGGAAUGUCAAAAAGGUUGUUUACGUUGUUCUUCUUAAGAAUGUUAUGAAUGUGAUAAUAAAAAUUAUUAUUAUUUAAAUGAAAAGUGCAAUAAAAAAAGGGAUAGUAAUAUAAAUAAUGAAAAAGAUACAAUAGAUGAUAUAGAUAGUGAUUAAAAAGAAAAAGAUAAUUAAGGUAUAAUAAUAAAUAAUGGAGAUAGAGAUACAAAUAAUGGCAUUAGUAUAGUUUAAAAAUAUAGUACUAAAAAUAACGGAAAUAUUAUUAAUUAUUGUUAAAAUGCUAUAUUUUUAAUUAUUGCUUCAAUAUUAGAAAAAAUAUUAUGA